UCUCUCUCUCUCUCUACUGUGUAUUUUUAAACAGAGAGAGUGUAGAGAGAGAAAGCAACACAAAGCAAAGCACUUGGGGGAAAAAGAGGGGCAAAGAAAAGGUGCAUUUGAGGAAUGAGUAAAGCGAAAACCAAAUUCUCAUUGCUGUUAUUAGGGUUUUCUUAAAGCCUAAAGCCUAAAGCCUAAAGGAGAAAGAGAAGAAAAGCCCAAUAUUAAUUUGAAAACAAAAAAACCAUUUGGAAAAUUUGGAAAAAAGAAAAGCUACUCUUAAAGAGCCAGAAGGAGGAGGGCACAAUAUAUAUAGAAAGAAAAAAACAGUGAACUGCUGCCACCAGCUUGAGCAAAUCAGAGGAUCCGAUUGAAGCAAUCGAAGAUCUCCGAGAGGUUGAGCUCAGAUUAUGCAUUGAUAAUGAACUAAUCAGAAUUGUGAGGAUCUUUGGCAUUUGGGGCUUAAAAGUUACAUCUGUUAUAUGAAGAGGUCAUUUGGGAUAAAGGAGCUAGAGUGAAGGAGAAAAUGAAAUCUGAUACGCCUCUUGAUUAUGCAGUAUUCCAAUUAUCACCAAAGCACUCACGAUGUGAAUUGUUUGUUUCUAGUAAUGGGAACACUGAGAAGCUUGCAUCUGGUUCUGUCAAGCCAUUUGUGACCCAUUUAAAAGUUGCAGAGGAGCAGGUUGCACUUGCAGUUCAGUCAAUUAAACUUGAGGUUGAGAAACGUAAAUAUGCUGAGACAUGGUUCACAAAAGGAACACUUGAAAGGUUUGUGCGGUUUGUUAGCACACCUGAAGUACUGGAACUGGUCAAUACAUUUGAUGCAGAGAUGUCGCAGUUGGAGGCAGCAUGGAGAAUAUAUUCUCAGGGAGUGGGAGGUCAACAUGCUGGUGCAUUGGGUGGGGGUGGAACAGGUAUCACAGCAGCAGCAGAUGCAACAAAGAAGGAGCUUUUGAGGGCUAUCGAUGUACGACUUGUUGCAGUUAGGCAGGAUUUAACCACAGCUUGUGCUCGUGCAUCUGCUGCUGGUUUCAACCCUGAUACAGUCUCUCAACUACAACUCUUUGCAGAUCAAUUUGGUGCCCAUUGCUUGAACGAAGCUUGCACCAAAUUUAUCUCAUUGUGCCAAAGAAGAUCCGACGUGAUCAACCCAUGGAAGCCAAGUGUAGACGACAGAGCUGUCAGAUCCUCGUGUGAGUCUGACAUGUCAAUUGAUGACCCUACCGAAGACACAUCUGGGCCCCACGUUAGGCCCCACAGACAACCCCAAAACAAGCAGGAGAAACUAGAAGACCCAUCAAGACACUCCACGUGUCAACAUCCCACGUCCCUCAACGCCAACUUCCCUACGCAACAACGUAAGAACGUAACUGAGAAAGACAGAGACGAAGACAAGGCCCGGGUGGAGAAGAAGGACGAGCCCCAGACCGAGUCGACGCCUUUGGGUGUGAGUCAACCCGCGAGGCGGCUCAGCGUGCAGGACCGCAUCAGCCUCUUUGAGAAUAAGCAGAAGGAGAGUUCGAGUAGUUCCAGUGGCGGCAAACCCGUUGUUGUUGCCAAACCUGUGGAACUCCGGAGGCUCUCCUCUGACGUCUCAUCUGCGCCUGCUGUGCUGCGAAGAUGGAGCGGUGCCAGUGACAUGAGCAUCGAUUUGAGUGCAGAGAAGAAAGAGACGGAGAGCUCCUUGUGCACACCAUCCUCUGUUUCCUCUGUUUCUCAUACAAUUUCUCAUACGAAGGCGGGGACUAAUAUAGUUUCUGUUGUGGCCGAGGAUAAGGACCGGAAGGGGUCGAUUGACCCUACAGAUUCUUGUAAGGUUGAGGGAAGGAGUGCUUCUGGUAGAAUUGGUGAUGUUGAGCUGAAAGAUCAAACUGAGGCGCAGACAGGUGUCGGGGUUUUUGUAGGCAAGGAGGAGGAGGCGGGGUCAAAGGUGAAGAAGGAGCAAGUGGGUUCUCAAACCCAAUCCAGGUCCUCUAGUGCAAGAACAGAGCAGGAUGGGUUGAGUGAUCAAGGCGUUUCUGUGGAGAAGCUGAAGAUUUCUUCAGGUGGCGAAGAGAGAAGCAGAGGGUUUAAGGAUCAAUUGGGUUCUGAUACACAGUCUAAAGGAUUUUCAGGUCGUGCUGAGGUUGUUGGAGUGAAAAACCAGGUUGGGUGUGCUAUAUCUGGUGGUGGAUUUGGGAAUAGGGUUGAGGAUUCUAGACUGAGAGAGCAGUCAACGACUCAGUUACGUUCUAGGGGUUACCAGGGUCAUUCCCGAUCUUUCUCUGGGCAGUUUGAGGGUGGUGUUGGACGCAAACUUGAAGAAGCCUCUUCAGCACAGAUCAAAGGGAUUGAGGUUGAUCAACGGGCACCCCAGCAUCACUGGAGAUCUUUUUCUGGAAAUCUUGGGGAGCAGUUGGGUAAUGUUGACCUGACAUCAUCUGAUAAGCAACACAUUAAAGUGGAAGACUCUGGAGCUCAAAAAAUGAAAUUCCAGAAACCGGUUUCUGCCAGUCGUGAACAGAUUAAGAAGUCACAGGGUAGGAGAGAAGAAACCAAUAGUGUUUACGAAAUUAGCAAGUUGGAUUUUACAGGUGACAAGGUUUCAAUUAAUCAAGAGAGCUUGCCUACAAUGCCAACAACGCCAGUCGAGCAAGUUCAGAGAGUAAGACAGACCAAAGGAAAUCAGGAGCUAAAUGAUGAGCUUAAAAUUAAGGCGAAUGAGCUUGAAAAGCUUUUUGCAGAACACAAGCUUCGGAUUCCAGCGGAGCAGUCUAGUUCUGCUCGCAGAAGCAAGCCCGUGGAUGUGAAGAAGAAGGAACAGGCGGUAAGUUCUCAAUACAGAAAACCUGCAGCAGAGGAGAUUGCUCCUGCACAAGUUUGUAGCAGUAACACAGUGAUGGAACCAAUGGGUAGUUCUAGUGAUAUGGUCAAGUUCAAUACUACUCCCCCAUUGAAGAUGGUAGGUCCCCAGGAUUAUGGUGAUACUUUGAGGCAGAAUUUCUCCGUGCCUGGUUUCUCCCUUGAUUCUAAAGGAAAGUUCUAUGAGAGGUACAUGCAGAAAAGAGAUGCUAAACUGAGAGAAGAAUGGGGUUCUAAAAGAGAAGAAAAGGAAGCCAAGUUGAAGGCCAUGGAAGAUAGCCUUGAGCAAAGUAAGGCAGAGUUAAAGGCCAAGUUGUCAGGGUCAGCAGACAGACAGGAUUCAGUAUCUAGUGCUCAACGACGUGAAGACAAGCUGAGAUCCUUUAAUUUUAGAUCUGGUAUGAAGAGGGAGCAGCCAAUAGAUUCCAUUGAUUGGGAGAAGGAUGAGGACCUCUCUGAUUUUCCAGGCCAGAAAUUGUACAGAGAAGAUCGAUUUUCUAGCGAGGCAUCUUUAGGAGAUGGUGCUUCUAGAAGCAUUCAAAAUAAAAAGCUUUUUCCCAAUAGAAAUUUGUCUUCGCCCACCCACUGGACCCCAGCUGCACCAGUGCCACGGUCAUCGUCCAAAUUUUCCAACUUUAGUUCAGGGCGGCGAAGACCAGAGUUAGAAAAUCCUCUUGCACAGUCAGUUCCCAACUUUUCUGAUUUCAGGAAAGAAAACACAAAACCCUCUUCAGGAGUUAGCAAAACAGCUGUUAGCAAAAUACCCGCUCGUUCACAGGUCAAAAGCUAUUCCCGCAGCAAGAGCAUUAGUGAAGAGAUAAUGUCUAAGGAAGAGAAGCCACGGCGUUCUCAGUCCUCGAGGAAAAGUUCUGCUAAUCCUGUAGAAUUCAACAACUUGUCUCCUCUGAACUCGGAUGGGGUUGUCUUGGUGCCAUUUGAUAAAGAGCAAACUGAGCAUUAUGACAAAUUUCCAAAAUAUGUGGAGUCGAAAUCGUUUCUUAGGAAAGGUAAUGGCAUAGGUACUGGUUCUGGAGUUAGUAUUUCCAAGUUGAAAGGGUCCAUGGCAUCUGAGACUUUAACAAAUGAAGAAUUUGAUGAGAUGACCUUUGAGGCAGAAGAUUCAGUUGAUAUGGCGAAGGAAGAAGAAGAAGAGGAAGAGCUUGGGAAUAUGGCAGUUGAAGAUGAGGUUGAUAUGGAUAAUGGGAAACCAAGACUGAGCCAGGAAUCUGAAAAGUCUGGUAACUCUGGGUCUGAUAAUGUCGAUUCCGUAAGAUCUCUUUCUCAAGUGGACCCUGCUUCAGUUGCUGAAUUGCCGACUGCUGUGCCUUCAACAUUUCAUGCUUUGGGGUCUCUACCAGACUCGCCAGGGGAAAGCCCCAUGUCAUGGAACUUGCACAUGCAUCAUCCCUUUUCUUACCCACAUGAGACCUCAGAUGUUGAUGCCUCUGUAGACUCUCCAAUUGGGAGCCCUGCUUCAUGGAAUUCUCAUGGUCUUACCCAAAUAGAUGUUGAUGCCGCUCGAAUGAGAAAGAAAUGGGGAAGUGCUCAGAAGCCUGUUCUUGCUACCAAUUCUGCUCAAAAUCAGUCACGCAAGGAUAUGACAAAAGGAUUUAAACGGUUGUUAAAGUUUGGAAGAAAAAGUCGUGGGAUAGAUAAUACUGGGGACUGGAUCUCUGCUACGACUUCUGAAGGAGAUGAUGAUACAGAAGAUGGGCGAGAUCCUGCAAACCGAUUGUCAGAAGAUUUGAGGAAGUCAAGAAUGGGAUUCAUGCAGGGCACUGAUGACAGCUUCAAUGAAAGCGAGUUCAAUGAACAGGUUGAAGCAUUACGAAGCUCCAUCCCAGCACCUCCAAUGAACUUUAAACUGAGGGAGGAUCAUUUGUCAGGAAGCUCAUUGAAAGCUCCGCGGUCAUUCUUCUCACUCUCAUCAUUCCGAAGCAAGGGAAGUGAGUCAAAGCUGAGAUAAUCACCACUUAGAGAAUACCACAUAGCAAGUGCUUGGAUCAUCUUCAGGGUAGGUUUAAAGAAUGAUCAUAUUAUAAGAUACGAACAAUUGAGUAGGCACGACGCAGCCAUCUUUAUGAGAUCUAUGAUGGGAUUAUGUAUAUGUCGGAUUCACGAGGCUUUGUCAUUUAGUUAGCUAUAUACGUAGUUGUGUUGAAAUAUGGUGUAUAUUCUAUGGAACAAUGAGUCGAUCAGUUAUUGGCGUAAUGUAAUUGUGAUUUUGGUAGUUCCAGAGGCAUUCUUUUUCUUGUUCAUGCGGUUGGCCUUUGGGUGAUGUAUAUCUCAACUUUGUUACGAUCACCAUUGUUGACAGUUUAAGGAGAGUGUUGUGAUUAUGCGGAAUAAUAGCUUGUAAGACACGACCAUUUUUGUGUUGUUGCCGUC